AUGGGUGCUUUGGCAACGAAAGCUUUAAGACCGAUUAAAUCUUUUAACAUUGAGAAUCGCGCUCAUCGAGUGAUCUCUCGAGAAAAACCGACUCCAGCCCCGAGAUAUCCUACUAAUAUUGAAGAUUUAAAGAGAGCACUUGAAGCUGAUCCUGAUUUGGAUGAGAAAUUGAACACAAAAGAUGAAAACUUGGAUAAUAGAUUGAAGGAAGUUUAUGUAACCUCUUUGGGAAUACCAGAGGACGAUAUAACUCGCAACAAGAAAAGUCGAAGUACGACGCGGCCUUUGCCUAAGGAUAGAAAAAUGCCCCCGCAAUACGAGUUUGGUUUCAAAGAAUCUGAAAGAGUGCCUUAUGGCAAAACAACAUUGAGAGAUGCUAUUAAUUUUAUUUCUGCAAACCAAACAGAUCCUAAGCAAGUGACGGCUACUGAAAUAGCUUUAAAGUAUAAACUGAGGGAAGAAGACGUUCAAAAUAUACUUAAAUAUUUUAAGACAUAUGAGGUUUAUUUGCCCGAGACAAAAACAAGCAAGGCCCUGUUUGCUGGUCCAGCAACACUGAGAAAGGAGCUAUACAAACAAGAUGUUAAAGAAAUAGGUAGUGAAAAUACUGAUAGUGAUAAAGAAGUUAAAGAAAAUAAAAAAAUUAAAAAUUAA